GACGUCAUCGGGACGGCCGCGUUCGGCAUCAAGGUGGACUCGUUCCGUGAUCCGCAGAACGAGUUCAUCAGCAUGGCCCGCUCGAUCACGAACCAGGAGAACAUGUGGAAGGCGGUGAAGCUACUCGGCUUUACCUUCUUCCCGAAGCUAAUGUCCCGGCUGAAUAUCGACUUCCUGUCGAAGGAGGAAGAUCGGUUCUUCCGCGGGACCAUCACGGAGACGAUGCGCGUGCGCGACGAACAGCAGAUCUUCCGGCCGGACAUGAUCGAGCUGCUGAUGCAGGCGAAAAAGGGCAGCCUCAAGCACCAGCAGGCGGACGAGCCGCAGGUGGCGGCGGAAGGGUUUGCGACGGUCGAGGAGUCGCAGAUUGGGCGCCGGGCCCAUGAUCGCCGCUGGACCGACAGCGAGCUAGUGGCGCAGGCUUUCAUUUUCUUCUUCGCAGGCUACGAAACCAUCUCCUGGACUAUUUCGUUCGCCCUGUACGAGCUGGCGAUCGCCGAGGACAUCCAGCAGAAGUUGUUCCUAGAGCUGAGGGAAGCGGAAUCAUCGCUGGGCGACGGAGGUGAGGAUAUUUCCUACGAAAAGUUACAAUCCCUACGCUACCUGGACAUGGUCGUGUCGGAGACGCUACGCAAGUGGCCCAUCGGCACGCUCCUGAACCGGGAGUGCGUGCGGGACUACGAGUACGACGAUGGCAACGGAACCAAGUUCACCAUCGAGAAGGGUAUGGCGGUGUUCAUCUCCGUCAUCGGUAUGCACUUCGAUCCGAAGUACUACACCGAUCCGGAGCGAUUCGAUCCGGAGCGGUUCAGCGAGGAGAACCGCAAAAACAUCCAGCCCGGCACUUACAUACCGUUCGGUGUUGGACCCCGGAACUGCAUCGGAUCCCGAUUCGCGCUGAUGGAAGUGAAGGCAGUCCUGUACUAUCUGCUAAAGCAGUUCCGGGUGGUUCCGUGUGCCAGGACGCAGAUUCCUUUGCAGUUGAAAAAGUCGGCCACACAGUUUGCCACCGAACAUGGCGUAUGGCUUGAGUUCCAGUCCCGAGCGUCGUGAAGACGAACAAAUAGAAUCUUAGUAACCGUCAGAAGAAGUAUAUAUCUUUAUCACCAAGUUAGGAUUUUAGAAGAUAAUCAGACAAUAAAGGAACCCACACACAU